GACUGUAAAAUGGCGGAUACGACAACAAGCGCAGGAGAGUCCUCGGCGGUGAUUGGCUGCUGUGGGUCACGUGAAGCUGUAGAAAACUGUCAUGGCGGCGUUAGUGAAACGAGAACCGCUCCUUCGAGAGAUAUUUUCCGUCCUAAACGUCGGAAAUGUCGCAAAGUAUACGUCUCGUCCACCUAAAGACAGACCACCGCAGAAGAAACCUGGACCUCAAAUAUAUCAUACCCAACAAAAAUUGGAAAGCAGAGGAUAUCUUCGUCCAUUGAAAGCCUAUCAGCCUCCUGAGAAUGUUGAGGAACAGUUUGAAUCAAUCACCUUUAAAUAUGCUAAAGGUCUAUCCUCAAAGUCUGACAUCAAAGAACCUCUUGUAAAAUUCCAAAUAUUGGCAGAAUGUUAUGAAGCAUUCCAGCAUAGUGUUCCCAAUUCCCAACUCCAUCGAAUGAACACAAUAGAUGACAUUUUGGAGUUUUAUAAAACCCCAGUUGAUACAUUAACUCCUCUGGAGCACUUAAAAAAUAAAGAUUUGCCACCCAAUUUACAUAUUCAACUAAAUCCGAAGCGGUUUGAUCCAGAGGACCCAAUAUUUGGCGGAAUAAGUGCUUUCCCUAAAGAUCCUACUAUAGUAACCGAUUUAAGGGCAAAGAAAAAAUUCAAAUCAACUGAAGCACAAAAUUGGACCAAAGAUUGGAGAGAAAAGGCUUUAGGGUAUACUAAAUGGGAAUAUAGGUACUACUAGAAUGUGUACCUCUGGAGUGUUUAGUGUGUGCAAAUAAUAUGUGGUUGCUGUUUACUGUAUUAUCUGGUUUGGGAAAAUAAAAACAAGUUUAGUCCAUAAUCAAA